GUGGGGUGAACUCGCUCGAGCUCGUAUACUUCGCGGAUUUAUAUUUGCGGUUGAAAAAAGCUCUCGCUUCGAUACAUAGGAUAUAUAAAUUGUGAAACUUGUGAAAUUGACGGGUGUGACGAAAACAUUUUUCAAUUCAUUUAUCCAAAAAUUAGUGCGCGAGUGUUUUUAUUUCUACUUUUAUGUUAAAUUACGAUUAAAUUAUGAGAAGCCACGAUCCUAGCAACACUACCAAGAUGACGAGGCAAGAACCUCGAAAAUCGACGAGAACCAGAUAGGGUGCAUGCAGCUUUUCAAGUAAACGAUGAAACGUCGUGGCAACAGUAAUAACAACAAUAACAACAACAAUAAUUGUUACUGCCCCGGUGGCUGCUGCUGCCACCAGCUACAACAACAACAGCAGCAGCAACAAAUCACCAUGUCGAGCUUAAAAAAGCCCAACAGCAGGGCCAGCUCGAGCUCUAGCCGCGGCACCAUUAGCAGUAAUUGCCCCGAUAACAAUAAUUGCGGCAAGGGAUGCCAUCACAGUCAUCAUCAUCAUCAUUCUCGUCAUCAUCAUCAUCAUCAUCAUCGUCAUCAUAAUCGAGCUUGCUGCGGCGAGCCGCCCGGAUGGUGCGCGUAUCUUCUGGUGGCUUGCGUGGCCCUCGGCUCCUACCUGAAUUCCCUGAACGGUGAUUUUGUGCACGACGACAUACCCGCGAUCGUGCGCAACAAGGAUGUGCUCGCGCUCCAGCCGGUGUCUAGUCUGUUUAGCGACGACUUCUGGGGCACUCCAAUGCAGGACCCGAGCAGCCACAAGAGCUACAGGCCCCUGACCACCUUGACUUUUCGAUUGAACUACCAGGCGGUGGGCCUGAGGCCGUUCUGGUAUCACGGCACGAACGUGGCGCUGCACGCGGCGGCCUGCAUGCUGGUGACGCGGGUCAGCCUCGCGGUGGCCUCGCUUCGACCGGGCUUCGCAGCGCUCACCGGCCUACUGUUCGCCGCCCAUCCCAUUCACACGGAUGCCGUGACUGGGAUCGUCGGCAGAGCCGACGUGCUCGCCUGCGUCUUCUUCUUGUUGUCUUUCCUCGCUUAUCACGGGCAGCAAACUGCGUACGUAUGGAGCAGCAUCGGCUUCGGGGCACUGUCGAUGCUCGCCAAGGAGACCGGCGUCACCGUACUGUCGCUCAAUCUUCUUUACGACCUCUGUCGCUCUUGGCAUUCCGUGAAAAAGUCUAUUUUCGAGGCUAAAUGGAACGACGAGUCGCGCCUGUUUACACGGAGGGCUGCCACUUUGUUGGUUUCGCUCGGAGUUCUGCUUGUGCUGAGGCUCGCUCUGCUUCAUGGCACACUGCCUAAGUUCUCGCCGCAGGAUAAUCCCGCCGCCUUUCAUCCUUGCUUUCACGUGAGGCUGCUGACGUUCAGCUAUCUGACCGCCCUGAACUGCUGGCUGGUGCUCUGUCCGACGACUCUGUCGCACGACUGGCAGAUGGGUUCCGUUCCUUUGGUCACCUCACUGGCCGACAGCAGAAAUCUGGCGACGUGCCUUUUCUUCGGUGGCUGUCUCGUUCUCACCUACAGGGCGUUUGCCGAUUUUGAGCAACAAAGACAUCAACCACUGAUCCUCGGUUGGAUGUUCCUCGUACUGCCGUUCUUGCCCGCCUCGAAUUUACUCAUAACCGUGGGUUUCGUCGUAGCGGAACGAGUACUCUACAUACCCAGUAUCGGCUGGAUCCUGCUGAUCGCUUACGGGGCUCAGCACACGUGGCAGACGGUGCCGCGUCGCCGAGGCCUCGUCGUCGCCGGCAUGGGUCUGCUGCUCGUGGCCGGCUGCUGUCGCACGAUGCUGCGCAAUCGCGACUGGUCGUCGAGGGAGACGCUGCUGCGUGCGGGCCUCCGAUCGCUGCCUGACAACGCCAAGAUGCACUACAACUUCGCCAACUUUUUGCGCGACACGUCUCAAGCGAAUCGAGCGAUUCUGCACUAUCAGCUGGCCCUUUGGCUGUGGCCGACGUACGCCAGCGCUCACAACAAUCUAGGCACUUUGACGGUCGGCGACCAAGCGGAGAAACAUUUUCUCGCCGCCAUACAGGCCCAGCCCGGCCACGUGAACGCUCACUACAACCUCGGCCAAUUGUACAGAAAAACCAACAGGACCAAGGAGUGUAUAAAGAUGUUGCAAAAGUGCGUCGCGCUCGAUCCAGCUUACACGCCGGCUUACUUGGUGCUGGCUCGGAUGACCAGUGGCUCGGCCACGGGUGCCCUGCUGAGGCACGUCGUGCGCCUGCAGCCCAAGAGUCCGGAUUAUCUGGCCGAGUACGCCUCCUGGCUACAUCAAAAUGGAAAGUGGCUGCAAGCUCUCAAGUACUACCUCAAGGGUCUGGAGAUCUCGCCCGUGCACAGGUCCUCGCUGCUGGGCACCGCGCGGAUUUUGAGAUCCCGAGGCCAAUGGCCGAGAGUUCACCAACUAAUAACAAGAUGGCACAUAAUGCUGAGAGCAAGGCGAGGUGGCCUCAUAUAUAGAGGCGAUCUGUACAUACAGGCGUGGCAGCUGCAGCACGAGUCGCGUCAACGCAGCUAUCAGCCCCAACGCAAUCUCUGCCUAUUGGAAAGCGGCUGCAGCGGCAGCGGUGGCCAUCACCACCAUCACCACCGUACGAGGCCGAGGAUCGCAAGCGUCGCGGUGCAGCUCGAGCAGGACAGCAACAAGUCCGAGCAGCAGCGCCAGACUACGUCUCACUGUGGUAUGCGCACCUGCGGGGUCGCGGCGGCUCAGGCCAACGCCGCCGCGGCGGUGCAGGCACGGAGAAAAUCUACCAAGGCGGCUCGAGUCACGACACCGACGCUGCUCGUCCAGAAUCUCCUGGAGACGCUGUAAUAAGGUUUUUUUUUCAAUAACAUAGAGAUGGACGAAUUUGUAAAUAUGUACCAUUUUUUUCCUUUGUAAUGUAUAGUAUGUCGCUCCUCGAUCGUGAUAAUAAAAAAAAAAAUUCACCGUUACAGUGUGCAUGGCCGCAUACGCAGCGUAGGUGAAGCUCGAAAAUACACGACAGAGAAAAAAAAUGAAAAAUAAAAUUAUAAAAAUAUAUUUACGCGUACGUGAGAGAGCUGCGAGCGUGGCGAGGAAGCAGCGCAAGAAAAGGAGCUGUACAUUAUGCAUCGCGCGCGCGCGCGGCAGAGCUGAAGACGACGUGUGUAUGUAGCUACACGAGUGCGCCUCGCGCGCGACACGAUUUUCACGCGGCGCGUAGCACGACGACGACGUCGACGGCGUGCGCAUAACCGAGUGUAUGCACGUACACGAGCGAUGUUAUAUGCAUGCGUAUUAAAAUAUAUGUAAUGCUUUCGAAGGGAAAAAAAGGAUGGGGAAUGAAAAGGCAGUUGAUACGUAUUUUUUUUUCUUUUUUUUCAACGAGUAAGAUAUUUACAA